AUGGAGCAAAGCAACGACGAAACCAGCAAAGUCCAUUUGGACGACAGCUCCGAAGAAGAGAUAGAUGUAGACGAGCUUGCCGCAUUGCUCGAACAACAGGAGCAUGAAGAUCUGAUACCCAAACCUGCCGGAAGGGGUACAGGGUCCAACGAAAAAUGCAUGCCGGGCACACCGGAACUGCUGUCUGCCCCAACUGCCAACACAAAAGGCAAGUCUACUAGUGGUAUGGAUACAAACAACUGCAGUCCAUCAGAGGCCCCGACUCUUAGGGCUACAAACACAGCAAACAAUGACGCUAGCGACACCAUGGAUGUGAAAAUCAAGUACAAUCCUAAGGUUCUGCAUUUUCUCGAUCCAUCAGGGGUGGCUCGAGCGCAACUAGAAGGCAGUGAUUCAACGGACAAAGAAGAGAACAAUGAUACAAGCAAAGCGGAAAAGAAGCCAACGAUCUUGCAUUUUCUCAGGCCAUCAUCAGAAAUGCCACCAGAAGAACAAAAUGGCGUGCAAAAUGAUAGUGAUGGCAAUCAUGCCUCUGCUCCACCUCGUGAAGAUAUUGGACAGGUGCCUGGUGCCUACGCUUACGAAAAUGGCACACUGCUGCCUGCAGCUGAGGCAAAUGCUGAAGAGGCUGAUGAUGACUUCGAUUGGCAUCAAUACCAACAGGACCAGGACGACGUGGUGAACCUCGUUCCUGGACCGCCUGAAGUGGGAGCAGGGCCUGUGGAUUUGGUCACUGCCAAUCCAGUGGCAGACCUUGAAGGCUUGCAAACUGCUCAACUCAAGAGCCGUGAAUCUGCUCAAAGCAGAGAUUGCUGCUAUCUUUCUUUGCUUGUGACUUGUGCCAUUGUGGCAAUAUCUGGAGGAAUUGUGCUUUGGUUUGUGUUCAAGCCAAAUGAUGACUCUGGAGACACUAGUGUUCCUUCCGGUAACACUUUCAAAACCAAGCUACCACGAAAGGAACACAUGCUAUCCCUGUUACCAAACUACACAGUUGAUGAAAUCGAUGUGAAGAACUACAGUAGCAGCCUUUCAGCCACAUAUCAGACAAGAGCCUUUAACUGGACGAUGCAUGACCCAAGCUUUGAUUCCUAUGAUGACAUGAGGCUGCUCGAGAGGUUUGCACUGGCGUGUCUGUACUUCUGUACUGGUGGAAACAGUUGGCAAUCAGAUGGAAAUUGGUUGUCCUAUGAAAUCGACGAGACAAGUUGGUACGAAAGUUUAAACGAUUUUGACUUUUUCGCAAAGUUGAUCGACCCUCCCAGCGAUACGUUGACGCGUGUUUGGCUUUCUGGCAAUGGCCUUUCUGGUUCCAUACCGCCAGAGCUGUUUCUCAUCACAACACUGAAGUUUGUUGACUUCUCUUUGAACGAGAACUUGAUUGGAGUUUUGCCAUCUGAGAUUGGAAACCUUCAUCAACUGGAUCAAAUAUCUUUGUUCCGCACUUCUUUGUCGGGGACUCUUCCAACUGAAAUAGGCCAGGCAUCGAACCUACUGGCCAUGUUCUGCUCUCGAUCAAGGAUUCAAGGCCAGCUUCCAUCUGAAUUUGGACUGCUGGGGAGACUUCUUUACUUGCAGUUACAGGAAACACUCUUGUCUGGUGAAAUCCCCUCUGAAGUUGGCCUGUUGCCUCUACUUGUUCAUCUGGACCUUGCAGGUGACCAACUUGGAGGCACUUUGCCAACAGAGCUGGGUCAGUUGAGCACACUGUUGUGGCUGAAUCUCGAUUUCAACCACAUCACUGGCACCAUUCCUUCUGAGCUUGGUGGCAUACUGCAAGAUCCUCUCACAACACACUAUGACAAGUAUUAUGCCCUGGCGGAAGAAGUGAUACCAGGAUUUGAUAUCACGUUUAUCCUGGACCUGAUCAAAAGUGAGUUGGACCAAACUAACACAGGGCUAUCGCUUGAAGGAAACUCAUUGGGGGGGACUAUUCCAUCAGAGCUGGGCAGGUUUGUUGACGCCCAGUCACUUUGGCUCGAGUCAAACCAACUGUCUGGUAGGAUUCCCAGUGAGCUUGGGCUAGUUCAAAGUCUUCAAGAUCUCUACUUUUCCUCCAAUGAACUGUCUGGCGAGAUUCCCAGCGAGCUUGGGCUAUUGACACGUCUUCGCGUGCUUGACCUUGAGUCAAACCAACUGUCUGGAAAGAUUCCCAGUGAGAUUGGGCUAUUGACAAGUCUUCGAUCGCUUUACCUUGGGUCAAACCAACUGUCUGAAGAGAUUCCAAAGGAGCUUGGGCUAUUGACAAGUCUUCGAUCGCUUUACCUUGGGUCAAACCAACUGUCUGAAGAGAUUCCAAAGGAGCUUGGGCUAUUGACAAAUCUCCAUUGA